GCCGAGGAGGCGGCGCGGCGGACGGCGGCCCCAGAAGAGCGCCCGCGCUUGGCCCGCGGACCGCGCCGCCACCGCCUGGGCUGGCCCUGAGGAGCGCCCGCGCCGCCGCCGCGCGGACCGAGGUUAUGAACGUGAUUUUUGAUGAAACUGGAUUGGAAACAUUUUCAUGAUCUUUGUACAUUUAUAUAUAUGUAUUUUAAAAUUUUGCAUUUGACUUAAAGUGCCAUGAGAAAAUUUGCAUAUUGCAAGGUGGUCCUAGCCACCUCCUUGAUUUGGGUACUCUUGGAUAUGUUCCUGCUGCUUUACUUCAGUGAAUGCAACAAAUGUGAUGAAAAAAAGGAGAGAGGACUUCCUGCUGGGGAUGUUUUAGAGCCAGUACAAAAGCCUCAUGAAGGUCCUGGAGAAAUGGGGAAACCAGUCGUCAUUCCUAAAGAGGAUCAAGAAAAGAUGAAAGUUCCUACAACAAGUGUGGUGAUUGUUUUCCACAAUGAGGCCUGGAGCACACUUCUUCGAACUGUCCAUAGUGUCAUAAAUCACUCCCCAAGACACAUGCUGGAAGAAAUUGUUCUAGUAGAUGAUGCCAGUGAAAGAGACUUUUUAAAAAGACCUCUGGAGAGUUAUGUGAAAAAAUUAAAAGUACCAGUUCAUGUAAUUCGAAUGGAAAAACGUUCUGGAUUGAUCAGAGCCAGGUUAAAAGGAGCCGCUGUGUCCAAAGGCCAAGUGAUCACAUUCUUAAACGCUCACUGUGAGUGCACAGUGGGGUGGCUGGAGCCUCUCUUAGCCAUGAUCAAACAGGACAGGAAAACAGUGGUGUGUCCCAUCAUCGAUGUGAUCAGUGAUGAUACUUUUGAGUACGUGGCGGGUUCUGAUAUGACCUAUGGGGGAUUCAAUUGGAAGCUCAAUUUUCGCUGGUACCCUGUUCCCCAAAGAGAAAUGGACAGAAGGAAAGGUGACCGGACUCUUCCUGUCAGAACGCCUACCAUGGCCGGAGGCCUGUUUUAUAGAGAUCACUUUCAGGAGAUUGGAACAUACGAUGCUGGAAUGGAUAUCUGGGGAGGAGAAAACCUAGAAAUUUCCUUUAGGAUUUGGCAAUGUGGAGGCACCCUGGAGAUCAUUACUUGCUCACAUGUUGGACACGUGUUUCGGAAAGCUACACCUUACACGUUUCCGGGAGGCACAGGACAGAUUAUCAACAAAAAUAACAGACGCCUCUCAGAAGUGUGGAUGGAUGAAUUCAAGAAUUUCUUCUAUAUAAUUUCUCCAGGUGUUACAAAGGUAGAUUAUGGAGAUAUAGCAUCAAGACUUGGUCUAAGACACAAACUCCAAUGCAAACCUUUCUCUUGGUACCUAGAGACUAUUUAUCCUGAUUCGCAGAUUCCACGUCACUAUUUCUCUUUGGGAGAGAUACGCAAUGUAGAAACAAAUCAGUGUCUCGAUAACAUGGCUAGAAAAGAGAAUGAAAAAGUUGGAAUCUUUAACUGUCACGGUAUGGGAGGUAAUCAGGUUUUCUCUUACAAUGAAAAAGAAAUUAGGACGGACGACCUUUGCUUGGAUGUCUCCAAACUCAACGGCCCAGUCACAAUGCUCAAAUGCCACCACCUAAAAGGCAACCAACUUUGGGAGUAUGAUCCCGUGAAAUUGACCCUGCAGCAUGUGAACAGUAACCAGUGCCUGGAUAAAGCCACGGAGGAGGACAGCCAGGUGCCCAGCAUCAGAGACUGCAGCGGAGGCCAGUCCCAGCAGUGGCUUCUCCACAACGUCACCCUUCCAGAAAUAUUCUGAGACCAAAUUUACACAAGAAAAA